GCCGCCCAGGCGAGGUGCGGCCUCCGCUCAGGCGGGGGGCGUCGGCGCUGGGGGACCCCGCCAUGGCCGCAUCCGAGCUCUACACAAAGUUUGCUAGAGUUUGGAUACCGGAUCCUGAGGAAGUUUGGAAGUCAGCAGAACUGCUCAAAGAUUAUAAACCAGGAGAUAAAGUCCUCUUGCUUCACCUUGAGGAAGGAAAGGAUUUGGAAUAUCGUCUAGAUCCAAAGACCAAGGAACUGCCUCACCUAAGAAACCCUGACAUACUUGUGGGUGAAAAUGACCUCACAGCCCUCAGCUAUCUUCAUGAGCCUGCUGUGCUCCACAAUCUCAGAGUCCGCUUUAUUGACUCCAAACUUAUUUAUACAUAUUGUGGUAUAGUCCUAGUAGCUAUAAAUCCUUAUGAACAGCUGCCUAUUUAUGGAGAAGAUAUUAUUAAUGCAUAUAGUGGUCAGAAUAUGGGUGAUAUGGAUCCACAUAUCUUUGCAGUAGCUGAAGAAGCUUACAAGCAAAUGGCCAGAGAUGAACGAAAUCAGUCCAUCAUCGUAAGUGGAGAGUCUGGGGCAGGAAAAACAGUUUCAGCUAAGUAUGCCAUGCGAUACUUUGCAACUGUAAGUGGUUCUGCCAGUGAAGCCAAUGUUGAGGAAAAGGUCUUGGCCUCCAACCCCAUUAUGGAGUCCAUCGGAAAUGCUAAGACAACCAGGAAUGAUAACAGCAGCCGUUUUGGGAAGUAUAUUGAAAUUGGUUUUGAUAAGAGAUAUCGAAUCAUUGGUGCCAAUAUGAGAACUUACCUUUUAGAGAAAUCCAGAGUGGUAUUCCAGGCAGAAGAGGAGAGAAACUAUCAUAUCUUCUAUCAGCUUUGUGCUUCAGCAAAUUUACCUGAAUUUAAAAUGCUGCGAUUAGGAAAUGCAAAUAACUUUCAUUACACAAAGCAAGGUGGCAGUCCUGUGAUUGAAGGAGUCGAUGAUACCAAGGAGAUGGCACAUACCAGGCAGGCCUGCACUUUGCUAGGAAUUAGCGAGUCUUAUCAGAUGGGAAUUUUCCGAAUACUUGCUGGCAUCCUUCACUUAGGCAAUGUUGCAUUUACAUCUCGGGAUUCAGACAGCUGCACAAUACCUCCCAAGCAUGAACCUCUCAGCAUCUUCUCUGACCUUAUGGGUGUGGACUAUGAAGAGAUGUGUCACUGGCUCUGCCAUCGGAAACUGGCUACCGCCACAGAGACAUACAUCAAACCCAUCUCCAAGCUGCAGGCCACGAAUGCCCGCGAUGCUUUGGCCAAGCACAUUUAUGCCAAGCUCUUUAACUGGAUUGUAGAUCAUGUCAAUCAGGCCCUCCAUUCUGCUGUUAAACAGCACUCUUUUAUUGGAGUGCUGGACAUAUAUGGAUUUGAAACAUUUGAAAUAAAUAGUUUUGAACAGUUUUGCAUAAAUUAUGCAAAUGAAAAACUACAACAACAAUUCAAUAUGCAUGUCUUCAAAUUAGAGCAAGAAGAAUAUAUGAAGGAACAAAUUCCAUGGACACUCAUAGAUUUUUAUGAUAAUCAGCCUUGCAUUAAUCUUAUAGAAUCUAAACUAGGCAUUCUAGAUUUGCUGGAUGAGGAAUGCAAGAUGCCUAAAGGCACAGAUGACACUUGGGCCCAGAAAUUGUACAACACACAUUUGAACAAGUGUACACUCUUUGAAAAGCCCCGUCUGUCAAACAAAGCUUUCAUCAUCCAACAUUUUGCUGACAAAGUAGAAUACCAGUGUGAAGGCUUUCUGGAAAAGAAUAAAGACACUGUUUUUGAAGAACAAAUUAAAGUUUUGAAAUCAAGCAAGUUUAAGAUGCUACCAGAACUAUUUCAAGAUGAUGAGAAGGCCAUCAGUCCAACCUCAGCCACCUCGUCAGGGCGUACGCCCCUCACCCGCACUCCUGCAAAGCCAACCAAAGGCAGACCAGGCCAGACAGCCAAAGAGCACAAGAAAACAGUGGGGCACCAGUUCCGAAACUCCCUUCACCUGCUUAUGGAGACCCUCAAUGCCACUACCCCUCACUAUGUGCGCUGUAUUAAACCUAAUGACUUCAAGUUCCCAUUCACGUUUGAUGAGAAGAGGGCAGUGCAGCAACUGCGAGCAUGUGGUGUCCUGGAAACCAUCCGCAUCAGUGCAGCAGGCUUCCCCUCACGGUGGACUUACCAAGAAUUUUUCAGCCGCUACCGUGUCCUAAUGAAGCAAAAGGAUGUGCUGAGUGACAGAAAGCAAACAUGCAAGAAUGUUUUAGAGAAACUGAUAGUGGACAAGGACAAAUACCAGUUUGGUAAGACAAAGAUCUUUUUCCGUGCUGGUCAAGUGGCCUAUCUAGAAAAAUUGAGGGCAGACAAGCUGAGGGCUGCCUGCAUCCGGAUCCAGAAGACCAUCCGAGGGUGGCUGCUACGGAAGAAGUACCUGCGCAUGCGGAGGGCAGCCAUCACUGUGCAGAGAUACGUGCGGGGCUACCAGGCCCGAUGCUAUGCCAAGUUCCUGCGCAGAACCAAGGCAGCAACCAUUAUUCAGAAGAACUGGCGCAUGUACAUAAUCCGCAGGAGAUACAAGAUGAAACGAACAGCCACUAUCGUUCUUCAGUCUUACUUGCGAGGCUACUUGGCCAGAAAUAGGUAUCACAAGAUGCUCCGUGAGCACAAAGCAGUUAUCAUUCAGAAGUGGGUCCGCGGCUGGCUGGCUCGCACCUACUACAAGAGGAGCAUGCAUGCCAUCAUCUACCUCCAGUGCUGCUUCCGGCGGAUGAUGGCCAAGCGUGAGCUAAAGAAGCUCAAGAUCGAGGCCCGCUCCGUGGAGCGCUAUAAGAAGCUCCACAUCGGCAUGGAGAACAAGAUCAUGCAGCUACAGCGCAAAGUUGAUGAGCAGAACAAAGACUACAAAUGCCUCAUGGAGAAACUGACCAAUCUGGAAGGAAUAUAUACCUCUGAGACUGAGAAACUACGAAGUGACUUAGAGCGUCUUCAACUAAGUGAGGAGGAAGCUAAGAUUGCUACUGGACGGGUCCUCAGUCUGCAGGAAGAAAUUGCCAAGCUCCGGAAGGACCUGGAACAAACUCAGUCGGAGAAGAAAUCCAUUGAGGAGCGUGCAGAUAGAUACAAACAGGAAACUGAGCAGCUGGUAUCAAAUCUGAAGGAAGAAAAUACUUUGCUGAAGCAGGAGAAAGAGGCCCUCAAUCAUCUUAUCGUGGAGCAGGCUAAGGAGAUGACAGAGACUAUGGAGAAGAAGUUAGUGGAAGAAACAAAACAACUGGAACUCGAUCUUAAUGAUGAAAGGCUGAGAUAUCAGAACCUUCUGAAUGAGUUCAGUCGCUUAGAAGAACGAUAUGAUGACCUCAAGGAAGAGAUGACUCUGAUGGUGAAUGUGCCUAAGCCUGGACACAAGAGAACAGACUCCACCCACAGCAGCAAUGAGUCUGAAUACACUUUUAGUUCUGAAAUUGCAGAAACUGAAGAUAUGCCAUUGAGGACAGAGGAACCAAGCGAGAAGAAGGUACCUCUGGACAUGUCAUUGUUCCUCAAGCUCCAGAAACGGGUCACAGAGCUAGAGCAAGAGAAGCAGGUGAUGCAGGAUGAGCUGGACCGCAAGGAGGAGCAGGUUCUCCGCAGCAAGGCAAAGGAAGAAGAAAGACCACAAAUUAGAGGCGCAGAACUGGAAUAUGAAUCACUCAAGCGCCAAGAGCUUGAAUCAGAAAACAAAAAACUGAAAAAUGAGCUAAAUGAGUUACGCAAGGCACUUAGUGAGAAAAGUGCCCCAGAGGUGACCGCUCCAGGUGCACCAGCCUACCGUGUCCUCAUGGAGCAGCUGACCUCUGUGAGUGAGGAGCUGGAUGUCCGCAAGGAGGAAGUCCUCAUCUUGAGAUCUCAGCUGGUGAGCCAGAAGGAGGCUAUCCAACCCAAGGAUGACAAGAAUACAAUGACAGAUUCCACCAUACUUUUGGAAGAUGUGCAAAAAAUGAAAGAUAAAGGUGAAAUAGCACAAGCAUACAUUGGUUUGAAAGAAACAAACAGAUCACCUGCUAUGGAUUGCCAUGAGUUGAAUGAGGAUGGAGAGCUGUGGCUGGUUUAUGAAGGGUUAAAACAAGCCAACAGGCUCCUGGAAUCCCAGCUCCAGUCACAGAAGAGGAGCCACGAGAACGAGGCUGAAGCCCUGCGGGGGGAGAUCCAGAGCUUGAAGGAGGAGAACAACCGGCAGCAGCAGCUGCUGGCCCAGAACCUGCAGCUGCCCCCGGAGGCCCGCAUCGAGGCCAGCCUGCAACAUGAGAUCACCAGGCUGACCAACGAAAACUUGUAUUUUGAGGAAUUAUAUGCAGAUGAUCCUAAGAAGUAUCAAUCAUAUCGGAUUUCACUUUACAAGCGGAUGAUUGAUCUGAUGGAACAGCUUGAAAAACAAGAUAAGACUGUUCGGAAACUGAAAAAACAACUGAAAGUAUUUGCCAAAAAAAUUGGUGAAUUAGAAGUGGGCCAGAUGGAGAACAUAUCCCCAGGACAGAUCAUUGAUGAACCCAUCCGUCCAGUCAACAUUCCUAGGAAAGAAAAGGAUUUCCAAGGAAUGCUGGAAUACAAGAAGGAAGAUGAGCAAAAGCUUGUUAAGAACCUGAUUCUGGAACUGAAGCCACGUGGUGUGGCAGUCAAUUUGAUUCCAGGGUUACCAGCAUAUAUCCUGUUUAUGUGUGUUCGACAUGCUGACUACCUGAAUGAUGAUCAGAAAGUAAGGUCAUUGCUAACAUCAACAAUUAACAGCAUCAAAAAAGUAUUAAAGAAAAAAGGUGAUGAUUUUGAAACCGUCUCCUUCUGGCUCUCUAACACAUGCCGAUUUUUGCACUGUUUGAAGCAGUAUAGUGGAGAAGAGGGCUUUAUGAAACACAACACAUCUCGUCAGAAUGAACACUGCCUCACCAAUUUUGACCUGGCUGAGUACCGGCAGGUGCUAAGUGACUUGGCCAUUCAGAUCUACCAGCAGCUCGUGCGGGUGUUAGAGAACAUCCUUCAGCCGAUGAUCGUCUCUGGCAUGCUGGAGCAUGAAACCAUUCAGGGCGUGUCUGGGGUGAAGCCCACAGGGCUAAGAAAACGAACCUCCAGCAUCGCUGAUGAGGGCACCUACACACUGGACUCCAUCCUCCGGCAGCUCAACUCCUUCCACUCGGUCAUGUGUCAGCACGGCAUGGACCCCGAACUGAUCAAGCAGGUGGUCAAGCAGAUGUUCUACAUCGUUGGGGCCAUCACCCUGAACAACCUCCUCCUGCGGAAGGACAUGUGCUCCUGGAGUAAAGGCAUGCAGAUCAGGUACAAUGUCAGUCAACUGGAAGAGUGGCUGCGUGACAAGAAUCUGAUGAACAGUGGGGCUAAAGAAACCCUGGAACCUCUCAUUCAGGCUGCGCAGCUUUUGCAAGUGAAAAAGAAGACAGAUGAUGAUGCGGAAGCCAUUUGUUCCAUGUGCAGUGCUUUAACCACGGCCCAGAUUGUCAAGGUAUUGAAUUUAUAUACUCCAGUUAAUGAGUUUGAAGAAAGAGUCUCUGUAUCAUUUAUUCGUACUAUACAGAUGCGUUUACGAGACAGGAAAGACUCUCCUCAGCUGCUCAUGGAUGCUAAACACAUCUUUCCUGUCACCUUUCCUUUUAACCCAUCCUCCCUCGCACUAGAAACCAUCCAAAUUCCAGCCAGCCUGGGCCUGGGAUUCAUAUCACGGGUCUGAAAGUGAUGUGAUGUCAAGGCAAACAGUGACAGUAAAUUUCUUGCCUGAAAUAAGAACCCAUUAUUUCCAGUGAGCUACUGAAAAUAUGCUUCUCAAGAGAAAGUACUGAGUAUCUUUCAAACAAGAGGUUAUUAACUGGAAAUCUCCCUAAAUACUUUCAUCGCCUUGGAAAGGAAGAUAGCCUUCUUUGUACUGUGUUACCUUUAAUUAAUGCAACACUCACCCUUGAUCAGUUAGGUAUCCUGAGUUACAUGCAGGUAAAUGACAGAAGGAAGGGGAAGAAGUAUCUCCAGCUGCCAGCAUUUAUUUUAAAUCCUUAGCCCUGCAUCCUAAUGGUAUGGUAAAAAUGUAAAUUCCAGCAAUGUGCUGUUGUUAGGAAGGUACCAACAAAGAACCUCCUCUGUGCAAACCAGAAGAAUUGAAAGAAAAAUUGCCAUUGAGUAUAUAUAAUAUCAGUUCAGGAAUCAGUUAUGUUGAUGUUGUCAAACUGGAUCAAAGAAAUAAACUGGCAAUAUGUAAAGUAAUUGGUCAAGUAACUUCCUUAUAUGUGUCACUCUGAUAUAGAGAUAUUAAGAGAAUGUUGGUUUACCAUAUAGCAUAGAAGUCCAUUUGUACUCUAGUUUACUGAGCAUUUUACAUUGCUGCUACAUACUGUAUACUUUAAUAUGUAGGCGAUAUUCUUACUAGGCACUACAACAGUAAGCUUCUCUUUUAUUAACUCUGUUUACAAUUCAAUCAGAUCAUUUUAACUGGAUUAUGUGCAAAUAUAUACAGAUUCCCCUGCACGAGUAGUGGACACUGGGAAGUCAUGUAGUAAUAUGACAAAAUGUUUGACAUUUAGGGAUAGGAUUAGAGAAAGUGACUAUUAUUGAUGUCGUUAUUUAUUCAGAAUGUAUUACAUUGAUGUGCUCAAUUAUUUUCCCUGGGUGGAUAUCACAUCAGGGUAUAGUGUUCUGUGAAAUGAUUUAUUUUUAAUCCCCAGAUCAGAUUCCUGCACUGCAUAUUUUCCACCCUGCCAGGUUUUCUUACUUCUUCUUAAUUUAUUAAGAAUUAAUCUCAGUCACUAUCUAGAGAAGAUUGUCAGCAGUCAUGAUUCAGGUCUUGAAUCCUUGAUUAUCCUGUAAAUUAGGCACAAGAAGGUAUAUAAUACUAUGAUUCCAUUUUUUUAGGCUUUGCAACUUCUAUAAAUGUCCUCAGUACCACUAGAUACUUUAAAGAGCAUCAUACUAGAAAUACUUUAAGACUUAUAUAAGAAACAUAAGAAGACUGCUGAAUUUUAGAGGAUUUGUUUCAGUAAGAGCCAGAUCCUGUAAGUUUCAUUCUGAAAUUCUAAUUAAACAUAUUCUCAAUUUUUCCUGGACAUCCUGUACAGUAAAUCUUUCAGGUUGUGCAAAAGCAAGGUCUUAGUUUUCAUUAGAAACUCUGGUUCUGAAUUACAAUCAUAGAUUUAUAUAACUUAACUGUUAGAUGGUCUAUGAAAAAUGAUAUCUUACUAAAACAUGUGCAAUAUUAAUGGAAGUCAAAUAGUUUCAAAUCAGUGAUAAAAAUUGUUAUUAAAAGAUAAAUACUGUCUGUUAACUUAUUUGGGCCUCACAUUCCUCGUUUAGAUAGUAAGAGAAUUGGACCCUUCCACGUGUAAAAUCCUCUCCUUUUGGCACUUGGAUCCUAGAGAAACUAGAUGCAGUUAUCCAGUGAGUUCACCCUCUAAACUGAAAGAUCACUGUUUGGUGCCUGUUAAUUCUGGGGGAUUUAGAAAAUGUAAAACCACAAAUUGGCGUAGCUAUAACCUUUCUUAAAUGUACAUGAUUUACAUAUAUGCUUUUAGAAAGUGAAUUAGUUUCAGUAAUUUUUAUUCAAUCACGUACUGCCAUAUUCAGUUUGGAUACAUUUAUUUAUUUGCAAAACCAACUAAAAAUACUACUGAUCCAAUCAGGUUCUCUUAGUUUUCCCCAACUGUCAAUGUGGCUUUCAGUGAACAACGAACUCUUACAACGUCUUGGUUAGUACCGGAUGUGCCAGAGUACUGAGUCAUUGCAUAGGGGAGACACUAAAAAAUGUAACAGUGAUGCAGGCUGUCCACCUCCUGGGCUUGUAAAUUUCCAGGGCCUGGAAAUCCUCCUGGGCCCUUCCCCAACUUAGUCCCUGUAUAACAUGUCCCGUGCAUACCCUGAAUCUUGUCAGGUCUUCAAGAGCACGCUCCUGCUGCUGUUGCAGCCCUUUAUCUGACCCCAGACAGCUCGUAUACUGAAACGUCUCUCUUGUCUCCUGCCUUUGUGCUGGAAAGUGCUGGAGCCUCUGUUCCACAUCUGGGCCAGAAUCUCUCCUGUUUAGUGAUGGCCACACAAGGACUCUACUCUCCAGGCUCCAGCUUCCUACAAGGCCUACCAAGAACCCCAGAUGGGGAUCUGAAUCAACUUCUCUUAGUGACAUAAAGGUCUUUAGUUAUAAUGAGGCUACAACCUUACAACCAGGGAACCCCAAGACCUGGUAAAUGACUCUGUGUGCUACUUUCUUGAGGAUGCAACAGUAAUCUGUUUACUAGGGGUUUCCUUGAGCCCCUCAUAGGACAGCCCACCCUCUGUCCAACCACAUUUCCCCACCCAACUUCAAACAUACUUUCCCCAGCCUUCCAACCGCGCAUUCCAUUGUUCACUCUUUCAUCAGCUGGACCAUAGACCACUCGCCUGUCUGCUCAGCUGCUCUGACUGUGUUGAAGGCCGUAGACAGAGUCCGUCCUCAGAUCCCCCAAAUUAGAUCACUAAUUUGCUUUUUCAUAAUUCCCCUGUGACACACAGUAGGGAUUCACAGAAAGAUCUUGAAAGAACACAGUUCUAUCUUCAUAACCCCUUCUCAGUAGUCUCCCCACUCACCUUACAUACCGACUCAGCUCAUACCUUGGAAUGCAAGAAAAAUUAGGAGCAGUUUCCCUUGUAGCUUUUCUUGGCUUAAGGUCUUGGUCUGCCUGACCUGAGCAUUACUAUAAAGAAAGGGAGAAGUAAGAUCCAUAAAUUGAUUCCUUUGCAAGUUGUGAGAAGUCUCCAUGUACCUGACACUUCUUUUGUCGACUGCAGAAGUAUAAAAAGAUAUAUUCCAAAGCCCACCAAACAGGAAAUUUGAGAAUUCUGGUCAAUUUGUAUGAUUUGUUUUAUUCCCUUUGUUUCAGUGGAUAAUUGGGAGUUGGCUCUUUCUGGAUGAGCAAUUAUGUGUAAUACAGAUCAGAUCUUUUAAUAACAUGAGAGGGAGACUAUGAAAAUAUUGGGAUUUUCAGUGUAAUGAUUGUUUUAAAAAAUUACUGUCCUGGUAACCCUAGGUCAAGGGGCACCUGUGAUAUCCUGAGAAAUGCUCACAUAUUUAUGCACCUGCCUGCCCUUCCCCCCACCCCCAUCUGUCUCUCUCUCUCUCUCUCUCUCUCUCUCUCUCUCUCACACACACACAUACACACACACACACACACAGUCACUAGAAUGUAGAGUUCUCCAGGAGGCAUAAUCAAGGAUCCUCUGGGUAACUUCAAUUGUUUAGGAUAAAAUAGAAGGCAAAAAUUAGUGUGUAAUCCUCAAAUCUCCUGCUGAAAGUAGUACAGAACAGGACCUUGUAUCUGGCUGUGCUUUUCUUCAGCGCACGUCCUCCAUUACCUCACUGUGUCCUCACAACAGCACUGGAAGGCAGAAAGGGUAGCUACUACAGGACACAGAAGGUCAGUGACUUGCUGAGGUCACACAACCCUCCCUCCAUGCUGCUUUCCUUCAUGCAGCAGUGUCGGGGGGGGGGGCGGGGGCGCAGGAAGCUAGAAGGUCUCGAGGUGACAUUUGGUUUCUCCUGGUACCCAUGGGGUACCCUGGGUUGGCAAGAGGUGCCCUUUUUUUUCUUUUCAAAAUUGGCAACUGGCAUAUGGGAACUGAGCAAGCGCCAAGGACCAGGUUGUCUGUGCUCACAAAUUGAAGUGCCCAGAGCCUGGUGGCUUUCUUUUUGUCAGUCACCUGCUCUAACUAGGUUUGAUUUUUGUAAUGAGUCUGAGCUCCCUUGAAGGAUGCAACACUCUGUGCUUUAAUUAGUGGCAGGCUGUCUCGGACUGACUGGAUGUAGUGAAAGCCUCCCAAAUGUUAAGGUCACUCUCCAUGCACACUCCUCAGAGCCAGCAUUAGAGCCACCAGGUGAGCUGUGCAGCCGGCAGUCAAGCCCCUGGGUACCUUCUGAGCCUGUCUGUGGGCAAGCUGUAUCCACAUGAGUGUGUUUGAACAUUUCAGUGUGUGCAUGCCACCAGUGUUUACUUGGGAGCUAGGAGGUGUGCAAUGUGCAUGCGUGUCAGAGAGGCUCUAUGUAUUGCUGUGGCCUCCGUUCAUGGAUAAGUGCGUUGUAAUUUCUUCUCAGGCUGUGCUUUGAGGACCGCCUUAACCCCUGCUCCCUUCCCUCUGAGAGCUGCCUUAAGUUCUCUGGAACUUUUCCUCUGUAGGGGACUGACUUACCUGGAGAGGAUAUCUUGCCCUGUUUCUCAAGGUUUUGUGAGGGUUUUGGUUGGGAGUGGCCUCCAACCGCUAAUUCUUUCUUCCCUUCCUGCAUGACUCCCCUCUUGUUACUUCGCCUUCCUUUUCUUUUCUGUUAUUUCCAAACAGGUAUUGAAGCUCAGGCAACACCAGUCUUAGAGCCAGUGAAUGUGAGCUGAGACAGUGUUCCUGAGUUUGGGGGGCUUGGAGUCACAAGUAAGCAAAUGAACAUAUGGAAGAAAUAGAUCACUUCACUUCUUGGUAAUGCUUAAAGUGCUUGUUUUCUCCUAAUCUUUUCUUAAUACAGGUAAAGGGUACAACUGUAAAACCUUCCGUGGACAUUCUUUAAAAAAAUUUUUAAGAACCCUGUACUAUACAUAAAAUUUGGAAUGAAAAUAGGGAAGAGUGCUGUAAGUUCUAAUCCAUCAUAUUACCCUAAAUUAAAUCAACCUGGAGUUACAGUAGAUUUCUCAAUAGAUCCGGAGCCAAAAAGUAAUCUGUAAGAUACCUGUCAAAAUGCAUUUUAUACAUUUUUUAAUUUUAUAAUUUGGUCUAGCAAAAAUGUUCAUUAGCUUAACUUAGUGUCUAUUAGCUUCCUAAAAUGACUGAAAACGAUUAACAUUUCCUUAGUAUUGUGAUAUAGCUUGAAAUAUUUGAAAGAAAAGUGUUUCUGGAGUGGACACUGGUAUGUAUAAUUUAAUGCUUGGUAGGUCAGUACAUUUUCAUGCAUUUUUCAGUCAAUAGUUUCAAAUACAUUAUUGUUACCACAUGUUAUAAAACUUUAGCCUAUACUUCAGGCUUUCUAAAUCAUCUGAGUCAUUUAAUAUUUUCCAACAAAUGGUGAAUUUUUCCUUUAAAUGUGGAUAUGUAUGUUGUAUUUAUGAUUCCUAGUUAUGUAUUUUUGUGGACUCUUGGAGUAAUGUUCACUUUUUUGUGUCCUUGGAAAAAUUUAAAUUGCUCUAACAGUAUUACACCAGAAUGAGCUCAUGACAUUUAACAUAUUGUAUUUUAAUUAUUAACUUUAAUUACUAAUUAACUGUGAAGUGGAUUUGCCUUUUAACUACAAUGAAAUUGAACGUUGCAGUUUUUCAAAUAUUUUUCCCUGUUGGGUCUGGAAAAGGAAUUCUAUUUUGAUCUACGUAGAAAAACAUGAUAUGGUUUAUCUUUGAAAAGUUCUUAGGUAAAAUACUUAUCCAUUAGAAAGGAAGCAGAAAUACUGAGAAGUGAAAGGCACUAUCAACCACCUCUGGUUUUAAACUGAAACCAUCCCAGCAUAUCUCAUAUGGAAUUUUAAAAAAUAAUAAUUCUCUUCAUAUCAACAAAAGCCUUUGAAACAAGGGUUUUCAGUAGAUACCACCUAGUGCUAAGAUGAAAACCAAAACAAUAUCAGACUGACAUUUACGCUCUAAAUUUGUAGUUGUCUAAUGUUGUCCUUAGUAAAUGUGCGUCAUUAAUGCUGUAUUCUCCUAGCUCUUAUAGAACAUUGUUCAAAUAAAGAUAUGGAAAUAAA